AGAACCUCCAGCUCUCCCGCUGAAGCUCACAGCGCUCCUCUCGCCCUCCAGCAUGAAGGUCUCUGCUGCCCUCCUGUGCCUGCUGCUAGUGGCGGCCGCCUUCAGCCCCCAGGGCCUUGCUCAGCCAGAUGGGGUUAAUACCCCAAGCACCUGCUGCUAUAGGUUCACCAAUAAGAAGAUCCCAAUCCAGAGGCUGAGGAGCUACCAAAGAAUCUCCAGCAGCCUGUGUCCUCAGGAAGCCGUGAUCUUCAAGACCAAACUGUCCAAGGAGGUCUGUGCUGACCCCACACAGAAGUGGGUCCAGGAUUCCACGGCGUAUCUGGACAAGCAAAUCCAAACUCCAAAUCUUUGAACACUCAUGCCUGAACUGAAACCAGCCAAGACUUGAGAAACAAUUUGUAUCUCCUAUCCUUUCUGAGGGUUGUUCUGAUAUUAAUUUAUUAUAAUUCUAAGGAAUAUGAGCAUCGUGUGAUAA